AUGCGAUUAAUCAAUACCAAUACGUUAGAGCUGGAAGAGUUCCAGGGGAAUCAAGUUCCCCCAUACGCUAUUCUAUCACACACAUGGGGGAGUGAAGAAGUUUCCUUUCAAGAAUGGCAGAAUGGCAGCCAAUUGCGUCGCAGAUGGAGCCGCAGAUGGAGUCGUAAGGAGGGCCUCAAGAAGAUUUUGAAUGCCUGUCGCCAGGCGAGGAAGGAUACGCUGAAUUAUUUAUGGUGCGACACGAAUUGCAUUGACAAGUAUAGCUCGGCCGAGCUGUCUGAAGCAAUCAACUCCAUGUUCUCCUGGUAUCGAGGCGCCGAUGUCUGCUAUGCUUACUUGGCAGAUGUAAUCCAAACCGAAGACUCCGAGAAACCUAUGAGUAAAAGCCGCUGGUUUACUCGUGGAUGGACUUUACAGGAGUUACUGGCCCCCAAGAAGAUGGUAUUCUACGAUGCAACAUGGAGUCGAAUUGGUACUAAGACGGAACUAUAUUGGGGGUCCAUCAUUUCUAGCACCACCGGCAUUUCUCUUCCAUACUUGGUGUCUGGAAAUAUUUCGUCCGCUACUAUUGCGGAGAAGAUGUCCUGGCUAGCCAAGCGAACAACAACGCGGGUCGAAGACAUGGCUUACUGUAUGCUUGGAAUCUUUGGCUUGAACAUGCCUUUGCUCUACGGAGAGGGUUCUAGGGCCUUUGUGAGGCUGCAAGAGGAACUGAUCAAGAUCUCUAAUGACCAAACCAUAUUCUGUUGGACUUGGUUCGAAGAUUUUGACGUCCUCCCGGAUGAAUGGGGUAGCCUGUUGGCUCCUUAUCCCAAAGCAUUCAUGGACUGUGAUCAAUUCAAAACCAUAGAAUCAACGCAUAGAGUUGCGACAUAUGCCAUGACCAAUGCAGGACUUUCAAUUCAGAUGCCAUACGUCAGAGCCUCCCGCCAUUAUUACAUGGUUUUACAUGUCACCAAGAAAGGACAGACGUCACCUUUCAUGAUUCCACUCCUGAAUACACACAAAAGCGGUAUAUGGACACGAGAGCGGUUUCCGCCUUUACCAAUCCCAUGCGAGUAUCCCCUUCUCAAAGACUUGGAGGAGCAACGUUUCAUCGUGGAACCCCAUUCAACCAAUUCCAGCAGGAACUCCAUACUGGUUAGACCAUACAAGCAAUAUGGAGUACUACUCACCUUCAAUAAUCCAGAUGCCUUCUGCCUAGAUUAUGACGCUGUGCGGGUAAUGGGAGGGACCUGGGAUCGGAGUCUCGGUGUUAUUUACUUGGAUGUAGACCAGAAUCCCGAGGCUGACAACAGGGGCUAUGCCGGUGUUGUUGAGUUCCCUCGCGCUAAUCCUUUAUAUGGGGGACCAACCCACUUAACUAUUUCGUUCUCCAUCAUGCCAUUUCAGGAUGAUAGGAAAGUCCUCGAGUUCUCUUGCAAAAUCCUGGACUCGGACUCUUCUUCUCACGCCGCGCCUACCGGGGUCAGAUUCAUCCGCGAUGAAGAAAGUGACGGAAGCAUGGCCCCAAGCGAAAAGAACGACCCGGAGCUAAGAGAUAUAUCGAACUCGGACACGCCAAGGGUAUAUUCUAAAAAGGCAGAGGCAUCAGUACUGUUGUUUUCACAGCCAUUUCAUGACCAUACUCGAAUAUACGACGAUAGUCGGCGCACAACCAUCCUACAUGCGCAUAUUCUAGAUCAUAGCCGGGACGAUAGCCAGUUCAGUCGGGAUCUAGCUUUCUAG